CUGGAGGGGAGUGUGGCGGCCUAGGGCUGAAACGCGGAGAGGGUUACUUGGCGGGAAGCUGAGGCUGGAGACUGUCCCCGCCUGGGGCUGGAAGCCCAGACAUUAGGAAUGCCGAGUGAACUGCUUGAGACUGAUAGUUGCAGAAGACAGGCGUUGAAGACAGCUUGGAAAGGACUAAGCUGUUCUGAAACCCGAGGGAGAUUUGAUUCCCCCAUGGCCACCGAUGACAGCAUCAUUGUUCUGGACGACGACGACGAGGAUGAAGGAGCCGUGCAGCCAGGGCCCUCCAACCUACCCUCCAAUCCUGUCUCACCAGGACCAGAAGCUUCUGGUCCCUCCGGUCCCUCCGGUCCCUCCGAGCCCCGUGGGGAUAGAGGGAACAGUAACUCAGGUAGCCGGAAGUGCUACAAGUUGGAGAACGAGAAGCUGUUUGAGGAGUUCCUUGAGCUGUGUAAGAUGCAGACAGCAGACCACCCUGAGGUGGUUCCGUUCCUCCACAAACUGCAGCAGCGUGCCCAGUCUGUGUUUCUGGCCUCUGCAGAGUUCUGCAACAUCCUCUCCAGGGUUCUGUCUCGGUCUCGGAACCGGCCGGCCAAGCUGUACGUCUACAUCAACGAGCUGUGCACCGUGCUUAAAGCUCACUCGAUGAAGAAGAAGCUGAAUUUAGCUCCUGCAGCCUCGGAGGCCAGCGAGUCGGCCGGUGAUAACCCUCCCACGGAUCCCCCUUCCAACCUUACAAACACUGAAAGCACCGCCUCUGAGGCCUCAAGGACUCGUGGUUCCCGGAGGCAGAUCCAGCGCUUGGAGCAGCUGCUGGCACUGUAUGUAGCGGAGAUCCGGCGGCUGCAGGAAAAGGAGUUGGAUCUGUCAGAGCUGGAUGACCCAGACUCCUCGUAUUUGCAGGAGGCCCGCUUGAAGAGGAAACUGAUCCGCCUCUUCGGGCGCCUGUGUGAGUUGAAGGACUGCUCUUCCCUGACUGGACGGGUCAUAGAGCAGCGAAUUCCGUACCGCGGCACCCGGUACCCGGAGGUCAACAGGCGCAUUGAGCGGCUCAUCAACAAGCCGGGCCCUGACACCUUCCCGGACUAUGGUGAUGUGCUGAGAGCGGUGGAGAAGGCAGCAACCCGCCACAGUCUGGGCCUCCCCAGGCAGCAGCUUCAGCUCCUGGCUCAGGACGCCUUCCGUGACGUGGGGGUCAGGCUGCAGGAGCGGCGGCACUUGGACCUCAUCUACAACUUCGGCUGCCACCUCACAGAUGACUAUAGGCCAGGCAUUGACCCUGCCCUGUCUGAUCCCACGUUGGCUCGCCGCCUUCGGGAGAAUCGAACCUUGGCCAUGAGCCGGCUGGAUGAGGUCAUCUCCAAGUAUGCUAUGAUGCAAGACAAGACGGAGGAGGGCGAGAGACAGAAGAGACGGGCCCGGCUCCUAGGCACUGCUUCCCAGUCGUCAGACCUCCCCAAAGCCUCUUCGGAGUCUGGUGAGGGUCCUAGUGGAAUGGCAUCCCAGGAGUGCCCUACUACCUCCAAAGCUGAGACUGAUGACGACGGGGAUGACGAGGAAAGUGAUGAUGAUGAUGAGGAGGAGGAGGAGGAGGAAGAGGAAGAGGAAGAAGAGGAGGAAGAGGAAGACGAGGUCACUGAAGAUGAAGAUGAGAAUCUAGAACAGUUGCAAGAUCAGGGGGAUGAUGAAGAAGAGGAAGGAGGAGAUAAUGAAGGAGAGAAGAGCCCCACAUCCCCUUCGCACAUUUUCCCUAGAAGGAACUCAGAACCCACAGAAGGGCCCCGGUCCCCGGAGGAGCAGCAAAACAGAGGACUGACAGAGAAAACAGCAUCACUGCCAGGAGCAUUCCUGGACCCUCCCAGCACCGAUGUUGAAAGCAAUGGAGAAAAGCUCCAAGACCUGUUGCUCCUGGGGGAAGAGAGUCCUGUGUCCCAGCGUUUUGGGCUGGAGAUUGAAGCUUUACCCGAGGAUACCACCUCUUCCCCAGAGGAAAGGGACAUUUCCAGUAAAAGGUCAGAAGAUUCCCUCCCCACCAUCUUGGAAAAUGGAGCAGCUGUGGUUACCUCUACGUCCUUCAAUGGGCGUGUCUCUUCUCACACUUGGCACGAUGACAGUCCCCCAAACAAGAGAUUUCGGAAGGAAAAGAAGCAACUGGAAUCUGGACCAUUAGAAAACAGCUAUAUAAAAAAGGAGCUGGCACAGCAGGACAGUGAGCAGAGGGCAAGCUUCCUGCCCUCUCUGCCUCCCACCCUGGCCCCUGUGGCUCCUGUCGCUGACUCCUCCACAAGGGUGGACUCUCCCAGCCAUGAGCUGGUGACCAGCUCCCUGUGCAGCCCCUCGCCAUCCCUGGUUCUCCAGAUCCCCCAGUCUCGGUCUCUCCGGCCGUGUAUUUAUAAGACGAGCGUGGCCACGCAGUGUGAUCCUGAGGAGAUCAUCGUGCUCUCAGACUCUGAUUAGCAGUCCCUGCACUCCCUGCAUCCAGAAGGUUUUGUAUGGCUGCUGGAAGAUGACGGAGCGAAAGAUGGACGGAGCUCCUCGCGUUUUGGUGGUGUUUCUUUUGACAAAAAACAAAAAACAAUAACAAAAAAAUCAGAUGUUUUAAGUUUUACACAGACACAUUAAUAAACAAUGAAUUUCUUUUUAUUGUA